GUUUCACCUCACUAUACCUGUAUGCAGUGUUUAUGUGGCCAGACAGCCGAUAAGAGACGGACUGAUCGGCUCCUACGUGUCACAUUUAAUAAAUAGAUGAAACUUGACAGUCAUAUUUGAUGUGUGUUUUUUUUUUUUUUCUUAAACCUUUCGACUGUUUUAUUUCCUUAUGUAAUUUGGAGAACAUUACCUCAACAUACGUGCACCAUACUAAAAUCAUCUAAAUUUAGCGGCGUAUAAUCGGACAAAUCUUGGAGAUUUAUAAAACAUAACCACACAUGAAAGAGACGUGGAUUUACUAAAACCAUGACAUUAAUGGAGCUUGGUGAUUGCUGUUCGUCCCAUUCGUCUCCUGUAAUCUUACGGCACGUAGACAAAAAAAUAAACUGCGUGUACGAUCAAACUAGUUCAUAAUAAUAUGCCGAUUUGACGAUGAUACAAAAUUAAUGUCACAGAUAUUGUAUUUACUAAUAUAUAACGUCCUAAUCUCUUCUAAAAGACGAGUUUCCUGGAAAACUGCAGAUUUCUGAACGGAAUUUGGCGCAGGGUUCAACAAACUUCCUUAUAGUGGACUGUGCAUAAAGCCUAAAAAUGAAAAAAAAAAAAAAAAAAAAAGCUGUUUCUCACGGCAGCUUCCAGUGUAAACUACAAAUCAAGCAGCUUAUGUUGUUUAGAAUGAUUAUUAACGUAUAAAGUAAAGUAUAAGUAUUAAAGUAUAAAUUAAAAUAUAGGUUGUAAAAAACAUUAAAACAAUAAAAAGAGUUAUUGAUGCCUUCCAUUUUCACGAAAAAUGAAUUAGGAAAUGAAAAAAUACAGUCUUUUUCAACUGCAAUGAAGAUUUGUGGACAAACGGUAAUUGUAGGCUAUAAAACAGUCAAUAGGCUACUGUAUAAAAUAUUAGCCUAAUUACGCUCAAACGUCCGUUUGCACAUCAUAGUGUCGAUCAUUUCUGAUGAAUGACAAAUGUGUCUAAAAAAAUAAAUAAGGUUAAUACGUCAGGGUACGUGUCUGUUACGUCACACCAACAUGGCGGCUUCAUCACAACUGUAAAUAAAUAUCUGAAGUCAGUUGAAGACACCAACUUUUAGCUAAAUAAUUGACCAGACAUGGCGCUGAAAUUUGCUCCGCAUUAAAGAAAUGCGUACAGGAAAGGAUUUGUGCACGUAAAGAGGGCCGUAGUCGAUUCGGCUGAGGCUACAGAGCACACAGAGGUGAAGGAUUCAGCUGGAGGAUGAGUGAGGGAAUGGGGUUGACGUGACAUGAUGAACUGUGCCUAUCCGAGUUUUCCUUAUGUCCAACUGCAGAGAUGUGCAUAGGCUAACUCACAUGAACAACCUGAUGAAGAGCAGCAAAGCGGCAGACGAUGGAGAGCGGAGCCUCCUCGAAACUUCGACCGGAGCCUCCGUUGACCCGAACCAUCCGACCCCUGUCUUCGUGUACGUUUUGGCGUUCUUCUCUGCCCUGGGGGGGUUCCUGUUUGGGUAUGACACCGGGGUGGUGUCCGGGGCCAUGCUGCUCCUCAAGAAGGAGAUGAACCUGAACGCGCUGUGGCAGGAGCUACUGGUCUCUAGCACCGUGGGGGCCGCAGCGGUCUCUGCCCUCGGUGGGGGUUUCCUGAACGGCUGGCUGGGCCGCAGGGUCUGCAUCUUGAUGGCCAGCUUCAUCUUUAGUGUCGGUGGCUUCAUCCUGAGCUUUGCUCCGGAUAAGGUGGUCCUGCUAGUGGGCCGGAUCACAGUUGGUCUGGGUAUAGGUAUCACCUCCAUGACAGUCCCUGUGUACAUCGCAGAGGUCUCUCCUCCUCAACUCAGGGGGCAGUUGGUCACCAUCAACUCCCUCUUCAUCACUGGCGGACAGUUCAUUGCCAGUGUGGUCGACGGAGCCUUCAGCUACCUAAGCCACGACAGCUGGAGGUACAUGCUGGGCCUGUCGGUGCUCCCAGCCACCCUGCAGUUUGUAGGUUUCUUCUUCCUGCCUGAGAGUCCACGGUGGCUCCUCCAGAAGGGCCGGGACCAGGAGGCCCGGGAGGUUCUAUGUCAGAUCAGAGGAGACUGGGAUGUGGAUGAGGAAUACGACACUAUCAAAACAAGCAUCGAGGAAGAGAAGAAGGAGGCAGGGCAAGGAGGUCUGGUCAUUUUGCGCAUCCUCUGCCAUGCUCCAACACGGCGGGCUUUAGUGGUUGGUUGCGGCCUCCAGAUGUUCCAGCAACUGUCUGGGAUCAACACCGUCAUGUAUUACAGUGCCACUAUCCUGCAGAUGGCUGGCAUCCAAGAUGAUAAACAGGCCAUCUGGUUGACCGCUGCCACUUCUGCCACUAAUUUUGUGUUCACUGUAGUUGGAGUUUGGCUGGUGGAGAGAGUCGGACGGAGGAAGCUCACUCUUGGCAGCCUCUUAGGUACAGGUCUGAGUCUGACUCUACUAGCAGUGGGGUUCUUGUUGUCAGCUCAGAACUCUCCGGCUGUCACCCUCCACCCUGCCAACUCUCUGAACUCCAGCUGCAGUCUGUAUGGAUCCUGUGAGUCCUGCAUUCUGGAUCCAAACUGUGGUUUUUGUUAUCGUGAAAAUAGCACUGAGGUGUUUGAUUCGUCCUGUGUUCCUGUCAAUCUUGUGUCUACAGAUCAUGCGGCAUGGGGACGGUGCUUGAACCAGACUGAGGUGGGUGGGGGUCUGAUGUGGGCCUACAACUACUGUCCCACCUCUUACUCUUGGAUCGUCCUCAUAGGCCUCAUCCUCUACCUGGCAUUCUUUGCUCCAGGUAUGGGUCCAAUGCCCUGGACAGUGAACUCAGAGAUCUACCCGCUGUGGGCUCGCAGCACAGGGAAUGCUGCCUCAGCUGGGGUUAACUGGAUCUUCAAUGUCCUUGUGUCACUGACAUUCCUUCACAUGGCUGAGGUUCUGAGCUACUACGGUGCGUUCUUCCUGUACACAGGUCUGGUGUUUCUGGCCCUCCUCUUUGUGUUCGGUUGCCUCCCAGAGACUCAGGGCCUUCAGCUGGAGGACAUCGAGCAGCUAUUCAGUGAUCAGCUCUUCUCCUGUGAAUCCUCAUUUCCUAGCAACAGUCGUCAUGUCCACUACACCCGGGUAAACGGCACCACUUAUGUUCCGUCUGAUAAUGAUGCCUCUGAUGUAGAGUAGGCUGGGGGUCCUUUUGGUCCCUGGGUUUUUCUGAGGCUUUGGUGGAGGAUAGGAAUGUGGGACACUUGGAAGGAAGGAAUGGUGCCACACUCUGGUGGCUGCCCUCAUACAUGAGUGCAGAGAAGGCUGGGGCUUGGCUCUGAUUUGUUGAAAUGGCACUUUAACAUCACUCAUCCAGCUUUUUCUGCUUUUACCUGAGGUGGUUGCCUCAUUUCCCAUCUUGCCCACUGUCUUCUUUAAAGGGAGUACUGCUGGGGUGAAUUGAUUUAAUGUUUGAUUAUACUUCUGCUGUCAGUGUUCCACCUCUGGGUUUUAUUUUUCCUCUUAGUUGCACUUUCAGGCUGUUUCACAGGGAGUUCACAAACUGAAAAGUCUGAGAAAUAGGACCACAGUGAUGGGAAAAAUAUGUCUAAUAUUGUAUAUUCAGAAAAAAUCUGAAUAUUAUGAGAACAAAGACAUUUAACAGCUCUUAUAAUAUUAGGGCUUUUUCUCAUAGUGUUACUUUUUUUCUUAUAAUCUUAAUUUUAUCUUGAAAACUUGCAACUUUAUUAGUAAUGUUUUGACAUUUGUUCUUUUAAUAUGGAGACUUUUUUUGUUAAAUAUGUGUUUUCUCGGUUGUUCAUUAACAACAUAAUUUUUUGGUUUUUUUUCCCGUAACACAAGUUUAUUAUCAAAAUAUAUGACUUUUAUUCUUAUAAUACUUUAACUUUGUUCUCAAAAUGCUGUAGAUUUUGUGAUUUUAUUUUGCAGUGAUAUGAUCUGUUUGAAAAUAAAAUAAAUAUUUUUUUUAAUUUUUAUUUUAUUUUUCAAUAUUAUAAUAUUAUGAUCUGCUUCUGUUUCGAGGGCAACAUGGAGGUUGUCUUACAGCAAGAAGUAAAGAAAACGUAAGAAAUAAAUCCUGUACUUUAUUUUUUAUGGCACCCAUUCACACUCCCCAACAGUAGGUGGUGAUAAUGUGCUGUAAUGUUAAUUAACACCAUACAUUUCACAGCAUAAAAGAAGACCCAAAAAUUUCAAUUUGUAUUAUGGUGAAGCUCAAGUAUGACAACGACUACAUCAGAUAAGGUUUUGCCUACAUUGAGGACAAAACCUCAGUGGGUUUAAUCGUUGAAUAAGUGAUUGAAUGCACUUGGUGUUCGUUAUAAUGUACCCAAUUUAGUAUUAAAAGGAAUUUUUCCAUGGUUAGCAUCAUCGCGUGCUGGUCAACUUAGUUUAUCAUUAAACCUGCCUUCUGUGUUGGAAUAAUGUGAUAUUUGUAUUAUCUCAAGUUCAAAACACGUCUUUUUCUUAAAUAUAUUUCAGAAGUUUAACAGUUAUCAGUUUGGGUCACGGCUUGUCAUUGAGGCUUGACAGUGGGUCCUGAAGCCCGACCAGUUAAGGUUGUUAAACUUUUUACAUUGAAGUACCCCCUGAAAUGUACUCUUUUAGCCAAGUA